CUCUUCCAGCGGGAUCCGCCCCCACGACACCGCUGCAAUGCCUUGUGGCAUGGCCUUGAUCGUGGUGGCUGCGACGUGGGCCGUGGCCUCCCCAGCCGACGGAUGCAACAAGGCGCUUUGUGCCAGUGAUGUUAGCAAGUGCCUGCUGCAGGAAGUGUGCCAGUGCGAAGCGAACCACGCCGGCUGCCCCUGCUGCCAGGAGUGUGCCUUUUGCCUGGGGAACUUGUGGGAGUCGUGCUGCGAAUGUGUGGGGCUCUGUGACGAACGUCCCGCAUCAGCCCACCGCUCUGCCCAGCGAAGCUCCAUGCACAACCUGAUGUCCCCCGUCCCCUCCCUCUUCCGGGCGCUCAUGGCCAUCUCAGACAACGACCCCCCCGUGGGCUGGAGCAUCCUGACACUGCCGGUUGAAGAGGAAUUGCGGCAGAACCAUGCGGACACGAGCCACCUGUUGCUGGGGCCACACACAGGCCUGACCCCCCCAGACGCCAAGGGCCUCAAUACGACGGUGCCCCCCUGCCAGGCGAUCUUCUUCAACGAGUGCCUGUCCAUGAGCCGAUGCCGCGCGGCCUGCCAGUCGGUUGGGGCCUGGCGCUACCGCUGGUUCCACAACGCCUGCUGCCAGUGCCUGGGGCCGGACUGCCGGGGCUAUGGAGGAGCGCAAGCGCAGUGUUCCAACUGCCGGGAAUGAACCUCCGGAUCUCU